CCUCUUUUAUAAUCCGAGAGCCUUCUCAUUCACUCUUUUGAACAAUAUUCUUCUUUUCGGUCUCAAUCAUGCACCUCCCCUUGAUCAUCGCCUUCGGCGCCAAACUCGCCCUCGGCCACUUCAGCAACACCUCGGACUCCUGGCCGCAGUCUGACGACGAUGCCGCCGCACAGCCAUGGGUCGUCGGUGACUUUCGAUUCUUUGGAUGUGCAGCUUCGACUGCUGGAUUCCCGCUCUUCAAAAAGGUGGCCUUUACGGACUUUAUGAAUCUUGAUUUCUGCGCGGCGAGCUGUCCCGGUAGAUACUUUGGCACUUCGGACAAGGACUGCUACUGUGGUGAUGAACUUGACGCUGAAACAGCGGACAAAGUCGACUCUGAUCAAUGCGACACCCCUUGUCCCGGUGAUGGGAGCCAGAUCUGUGGUGGUCGUUCCGCAUCAGACUGGGACAAACAGAGUCCAUCGUCCGUCGUCACCUUGAGCCUGUACAUCAGGCUCGGCGAAAACCAUUACGAGCAGCGCGACCAUGAAGACGAGGACACCUGCGAGGAGGAGAAGGGCGAUAGCCACGGCGGAUGGCAGUUCACCCGCCCUCCCCCCCAUCAGACAUACACAAGCACAAUCACCAGCACCACAACCAGCACAAUCACCUCCUGCGCCCCCGACGUCCCGCACUGCCCCCUCGGCGACAGAGUCGUCCAGGCCGUGACCGUCACCACCGAGCUCUGCCCGACGCCCGAAUGGAGCAGGAAGAAGAUCACCUGCUACGGCGACCACUGCGCCCCCGACGAGCCCUGCCGCGAAGGCGAUGACGACGACGAGCAAUGCCAGCGCCAACGUGUCGUCUGCAACGGCGAAAGCUGCCACCCGGAGCCCUGCUCCGACAAGGACGACGAUUGGCACAAGCUGGUCGUCUGCGACGACAACGACAACAGUGACUGCCACUACCGCCAGUGCGCCGGCGAAGAGUGCGGCACCAAGAUUGUCUGCUACGACGGCCAGUGCGCAAAGCAAAAGUGCUGGGGCGACGAGUGCCGCACAAAGUUCGUCUGCAAGGGGCCCGAGUGCCGGCACGAGGCUUGCGAGGACGGCGAGGACUGCCACGCGCACCACGUCUGCAGCGAGUCUGGCGACGACUGCCAGGCUCAGUCUCCUUGCAGCGGUCCGGAGUGCCCUGUUCCGCCUCCCCCUGUGUCCAAGCCUGAGUCUCCCGCGUUCAAGCCUUGGUAUCCUGCUGCGUCCGAGCCUGAGUCUCCUGCGUCUAAACCCGAGUCUCCUGCUUACAAGCCCGAGUCUCCUGCUCCUACGCAGCACCGUCCUGGCCAUGAGACGGCUUAUCCUCAGCCUGCUGCGCCUACGAAUGGCUACAGCUUGCCGCAUCCGACGGGAGUUCCUGUCGUUGCUGGAUCUACCCAGUUGGGGGCUACUCUUUUCGGAGUCCUACUGAGCUUCGUCGUCUUCUUGUAA